GUAAUAGUAAACUUUUUGCUGAAAUAGACAAUUUUGGGCUGGAAUAGGGUACAUAUGAUGAAACGCAGCGGUAGUGUUUCAACGGAAAAUGACAAAGUUUCGCGUAGAAAGGUGAAUUCAGACUUUCAAAAGCGAUUUCAAGGCUGUAGUCAUCUUUCUUCAUAUGAACUUAUGGAAAAAUUAGGUGAAGGAACCUUUGGUGAGGUUUAUAAAUCUAAAUUCAGGGCUACUGGAAAACUAUACGCUUUGAAAAAAAUAUUAUUGCAUACGGAACGAGAAGGGUUUCCAAUAACUGCAAUUAGAGAAAUCAGGAUCUUAAAAUCACUUUCUCAUGAGAAUGUGAUUGCCUUAACGGAUAUGACAGUCGUACGAGCAGAUAAAAAGCAUCGAAAACGAGGUUCUAUUUACAUGGUUACACCUUACAUGGAUCAUGACUUGUCAGGUUUGCUGAAGAAUCCUAGCGUUAAAUUUACAGAAGCUCAAAUCAAGUGUUACAUGAAGCAAUUGCUUGCUGGUACGAAAUAUCUUCAUGACAGCUUAAUUCUUCACCGUGAUCUGAAAGCAGCCAAUUUGCUUAUUGAUAAUCACGGAUUCUUAAAAAUAGCAGAUUUCGGUCUGGCUCGUGUUAUAGACGAAGAAUCGUAUGCCAAUAAGUAUUCAGGGAUUCCUUUCCCCAAUCGUCGAGAGUAUACAGGUUGCGUUGUAACACGAUGGUAUCGGUCUCCUGAACUAUUAUUGAAUGAACGUCGUUAUACGACAGCAAUUGAUAUGUGGAGUGUUGGUUGCAUUAUGGCUGAAAUGUACAAAGGGAAACCAAUUAUGCAAGGAUCCAGUGAUUUGGAUCAAUUAGAUAAAAUUUUUCGACUUUGUGGAUCCCCCACUCAAGCCUCUAUGCCAAAUUGGGAAAAAUUACCAGGAUGUGAAGGCGUCCGGUCAUUUCCAGCACAUCCUAGAACUUUGGAAACUGCCUUUUUUAGCUACGGGAAGGCGAUGACUUCUUUAUGCGGCUCUAUCUUACGAUUAAAUCCGGAGGAACGGUUAUCUGCUGCCAUGGCACUGGACCAUGAAUAUUUCACUACUGAGCCCUUGCCUGCAAAUCCCUCACAGUUGCAACACUAUACUUCGUCACACGAAUAUGACAAAAGAAAACAAAGGGAUGUUCAAAUUGCUAACCAGAAUGAUAAUCCUUACAACAAAAAGCGUUCCUUCCGUUUUGUUACUCGAGGUUCGAGUGAUCCUUGGUACGGAAUGCGCAGACCGAAUCCGCAUUACCGCGGUGGAAACCGUCGUGAAAAUGAAGCAGGUGGGCAACAAUAUCAUCAGUAUUCACGAAGAAACCAAAACCAAAAUUUGUCUAAUAGGUCAGAAUCGUAUCAACGUCCUCGUGAUUAUCUUCCUCCUUCUGGCUCUGAACAUGACAGGCAUUAUCGUCCCGAACCAAGAAAUCGACCACAACGAUCCGGCUAUAUUAAUUCUCGAACUUCUGUAGAGCCUCCUACGAAAAGGUCUAACAUAAACCAGCAGCCAGUCUGGCAACGUCAGCGAAGUAGUUCUAAACCCAAUGACUCCCAACCCUCUGUCGAAAACCGCGAUGGCGCAGACAGAUCUUCUUCGAACUUGCAUAACACAUCUGGUUCUGCUGAGAAUACGAAAAGAGAUCCGGCUCCCCCUUCCCCUGGCUAAGUACUUAGAAUGCCUGAGUGACCGAAUUAAAGUAAGUCAAUGUAUAUACCAAAGAAUUGAUAUCUUUCUCUUACUUUUAAUGAUUACCAUAGAAUGGUUGCAUAUAUUUCUAUAAGGCCAUUCUUUUUGGUUUACCUUAUUUGCGUGCUAAAGAGUUCAGAGCUUGCAUUUGAUACAUAUCGCUACUCUGUUAUUAAAAGUAGAUCACAUCUUUUAUUCUAUUUAAUUGUUUAAUUUAUCUUGACUAUGUCUUUAAGCAACUUUCAUUUUUGAUUCCAUAAUACCCUGGUCCCUUCCUUAUGCGAAUUUAAGAAUACCGAUUGUUUUGUUUUUUUAAUUUUCACUCAAUUUCAGUUCUUAUUGUUUAUUUUCUUAUGAACCCCUCUGUAAUUCGUGCAUUGGCGAUAUUGUUAUAUCGUAAAUUGAUUGUUUA